CGUUAAAUACGAUAUGAAAAAAAAUGAAAUAAGUAAAACAUUACAGAUUCUUAAAGAUAACGAAAUAUUAUAAAUAAUUUGUGGUGGUGGUAAAAAUUGGAAAUAGUUCAGUAAGAAUUCACAAUAUACCAUAUGAUGGGCAACGAGUCAUCACAAUUAAACAGUUUAAACAUUGAAACCAAAGCUAACGAAACUACAGACUUUUGGUCUCACCAUCAAGCAACUAUUAGCGAUAGUUGCAGGUUUUUUAGCCUAAAAGGCGAUGGCUCUGUCUCAGUUUUUAAAGGGAAAGCGGUAGCUGGGCCUCUAUGGAACAUUUCCAUGCCACUUGAAAAGUUUACAAAUAACCUUCUCAAGUACCGCCAUCCCUAUAUUGUAAGAUACAUAUCUUCUUGGCAACAAAAGUCUACUUUCCAUUUAGUAACGGAGUAUGUGCAACCUUUAUCUCAAGUUGUACCUACACAAACUCCUUUACAAAUAUGUAUUGGAUUGAAUAAUAUUCUUCAAGCGCUGGUCUUUCUUCAUGAACAGGGUUCUGUUUCUCAUAACAAUGUGAGCAUAUCAUCAGUCUAUGUGUCAGGAGAUGGACAAUGGAAGUUAGGAGGCCUACAAUAUCUAUGCUCCUUCAAAGAAUUGACUCCUGCAUACCUAAAACAUGCAAGGAUACAUAGGUAUGAUAAAGCAAUAGAUCCUAAUGAGGAAUCUAAUAAAAUAAUUACUAAAGUAGACCAAUUUGGAUAUGGUGUACUGGUAGAAGAUGUAUUUAAAAAUCACAGAGAUGAGGACGUUCCUCAUUUGAAGGAGUUUAGAAAGUAUUGCAGAGAUGUUUUGCAGCACAUUGACCCUCAAAGACGACCAAACUUAUCUGAAGUUUUAAACCAUGAUUUCUUCAAUCAUAACUUCAUUUCAAUGUACAAGUUUCUAAAUAUUUUGCCAUUAAAAUCUGAAGAUGAGAAGAGCGAAUUUUUCAUGCAAAUUCUGUCAAAUCUUGAAAAUUAUGAUGAAGAAACAGUAGCAAAACAGUUUGGAGGAUUAUUGUUGUCUAGGCAUACCCUAUUAGAUCAUACAGCAAGAGAAUAUGUCUUGCCAUUUAUAUUGAGACCUAAAAAAGAUCGACCACAGCCAGGUGAACAGCCAGGUUUCUUUUCUAUUGGAAUUUUCAAAGAACAUGUUAAGCCAAGAUUGCUUCAGCUGUUUGGAGUUAGAGACAUACAAAUAAGAACCUUACUACUGUCACAUUUUAUGAAAUUUGUUCAUGUAUUUACACAUGAGGAGCUGUCACAACUUAUUUUACCAGAGUUACUUCUGGGAAUAAAAGACGUAAAUGACAGUUUAGUAUCCUCAACUCUAGUCUGUCUUAGUGAACUAGUUCCAAUAUUGGGUGCAGACAGUGUUGUGGGUGGAAAAAGAAGCAAACUCUUCAUAGAUGGGAAACCCAAUUCUAUAAAGAGUUUUGAGCCAAAUAAAUCUACUGAAGUUUUAAAUACCACCACAUUAUUUCAUCAUGAUAGUGAAUUAUGUUCUGUUAUAGAUCAAAGUAUACUAUUAAAUGAGAGACCUACGCCAGUAGGUGGGGAGUCUUUUGAAAAUGAUGAUCAUGUGACUACUAUGGAAGCGAGUAGAGAUAUAGAAACACAAUCAGACAGCGAAUGGGAUGACUGGGAUAAUAAACAGCAAACAGGUUCGACAAACACCAAUAUUGUAGAUAUAGAUUUUAAAGAGGUGCAACUAAACAUUGAGGACACAAUUUAUGAAACACCUAAUGUAAGCAAUUCUCUGGUUCACGCAACCAAUUUGGAACAAGCUGGAUUUAAUGCAAAACGCAACAUCAUAGAUAUAUCAGAAUUAGAUAUUAAAAAUCAGAAAAUUGAGAUCUCAAAACGUAAUGACGAAUUUGACUUCUUUGCUGACAUGACUCCAGUUAUUGAAAAGCAAGAAGUUGCUCUUGUAGAAGAAAAAACUAACAUAAGUACAAAAUUAAAUUUUGUGCCUGAUGAUAACUUGAAUGGUGAAGAGGGAUGGGGAGACAGUUGGAGUGAUUAAAUAAAUUAUUAUCAUAAAUAAUUUUAUAUCUUGCGUCUGUGAUUUGUUUGAAUAUGUUAAUGUUACAUAGUUAUUUUGG